CUUUUCAAUCAUGUAUAAAUAUAAAUAUCUCCCCUUUCCAAUAACUCCAAAACCCGCAACCCAAAACUAAUUAAACAUGAAGAAGCUCUCCCUAUUCUUUCUAAUCAGUAUCCUCCUACUCCCAGUCCUAACCCACGCGGAAUGCAGCUGCGACGCAGAUCAGGAAGACUUCAAGGGGUCGCGUGCAAUCCCAUUAAAACUUGCCGCGAUGUUUUCCAUCCUCGUCGCCGGCUUUCUCGGCGUCUGUAUCCCAACAUUAGGCAAAUGGAUCCCUGCCAUAAGGCCAGAGAAUAUAAAUUUCUUCGUCAUAAAAGCUUUUGCCGCAGGGGUUAUCCUUGCCACCGGCUUCAUCCACAUACUUCCUGACGCCUUCGAGAACCUAACCUCGCCCUGCCUAAAUCAAAGCCCUUGGCAGGACUUCCCCUUCGCUGGCUUCUUCGCGAUGGUCGCUGCCAUUGGCACUUUGAUCAUAGACACUGUCGCCACUGGAUACUAUAAUCGGAACCUUAAUGGCAAAGUCGUUCAGGAGUUGAUUCAGGCUGACGAGGAGGACCCUAGCCAACUACACGUCCAUACCCAUGCAACGCAUGGCCAUGCUCAUGGAAUUGCUUCCUCUGCUCCUCAAGACGGACAAGAUCUUCUCCGACGUCGAGUCAUAUCUCAGGUGUUAGAAAUGGGAAUAGUGGUGCAUUCUGUGAUUAUUGGAAUUUCUUUAGGUGCAUCAGAUAGUCCAAGUACUAUAAAACCUCUUGUUAUAGCUUUAAGUUUUCAUCAAUGUUUUGAAGGCAUGGGGCUUGGAGGAUGCUUGGUUCAGGCACAAUUCAAGAUUAGAGAGAUGAUUACUAUGAUUAUAUUCUUUUCCUUGACUCUUCCGGCUGGAAUUGCUAUUGGCAUCGGAAUUUCAUCAGUUUACAAUGAGAAUAGUCCAACCGCUCUCAUCGUUGAAGGCAUUCUGAAUUCCGGAGCUGCUGGGAUUUUGAUUUACAUGGCUCUUGUUGAUCUUCUUGCUGCAGAUUUCAUGAACCCUAUGGUUCAGAAGAAUGUAUGCGUUCAAAUUAAAAUAAAUAUUUCUUUGCUAGUAGGAGCUGGUUUCAUGUCCCUUUUAGCCAAAUGGGCUUAAACCAUUGCAUUGUAUUAUGGAACUCAGAGUGCAAAAAGAGUUGGACGUUUAGCUUUUCAUACAAUUUUUUAUACUUCUUUUGUAUAA